AGCACCGGGGGGGGGGGGGCUGGGGUCAGGUCCUGUCCCCUGCGUGGUGUGGGGUCAGUCCUGUUCUGUGAUUCUGUGUGACGUGGGGUUAUCUUCGUGCUGUGGUGUGGGGUUGGGGUCAGACCCUGCCUUACUGUGGGGCCGGCCCCAUUCUGUGAUGUGCGGCUGCCGUCGGGCCCUGUGCUGCUCUGCUGUGUGGGGCCAGGCAGCUGUAUGCUGUGGGGCUGGGGUCAGGCCGUGCCCCGCUGCACGGCAUGGGGUGAGCCCCGCUCCCAGGGCAGGCAGGGCGCUGCUGGCACCCACAGGGCCCAAGGGAACGGAGCGCGGUGGGCUCACGCAGCUUCGGGAUAGUUGGUUUUGUGCUGGGGUUGCUGAGCUGCUGCAGGGAGAGCUUCCCCCUCCCAGUAACGAGUCCCUAAGCGAGCCGGGGCUCGGGGCACAGCUGUGACAUUCGCAAUUUCCAUUCCCAUAAUGGAGACGCGAGGAGGGAACGGGGCUGGUGGAAGCGGCCGGAACACGGAGGAGCCGCGUGCCCCAUCCCCGCUCCACGUGCUCGGCGUCAGCGCGUCCUGCUGGGACGGCGGCACUUAUGGGGCAGCCCCACGGAUGAGCUCCUUUUUGCUGCGGGGACGCUUCAGCGGGGCAGGGCGCUGGCGUGGCACCCCGAGGGCUCCGCGCCGUGCCCUCCAGGGCCGGAGGGGCCGCGGGAGGCGGAGGCGAAGGCGGACGGCGGCGGUGCGGGAGCUCCAUUGUCAUGGUUACCUCUCCGCGGCUCCGCUCAGCCAUGGGCGCCCACCCCUGCGUCCGUCCGCCUGCGUGUGCCCGUGCCUGGGUCACCCCGCUCCCGGCCCCUGCGCGCCGUCUCCCUCCUCCCGUGCUCUCUCCUUCCUCGUCUCCGUCUCCCGGUGCUUUCCGGAGGCAGAGCGGUGUGAAGCGCUGCCUGCGUGAUUCCUUUCGGUCCCCCCGCCCCGAGCCCGGCUGCAGGAGAAGGGGAGAAACUGCUCGACCCCCCCCCGUCGCACCUUCCUCCUCGCGGGCAAGGGCUGUGAGGGCACAAGGAGGACGCGCUGUGCUCCGUGCUCCUCUCGUGGGUUCUUCCUUCCCAAGCACUGCGUGGUGGGGACGAUGCCGGGGCUGAUCAACCAGAGCUCCCACUGCCCACUGCCGCUCACCGCUUCCGAGGUGACGUCCUGUGUCAGCGGCUAUGCCCUGGGCAUGACGGCGUCGCUCACCUACUGCAACCCGCAGGCACAGCCCUGCAAAGGGCUCUUCGUCUUCCCCCUGGAUGAAGGCACCACCGUCGUGGGGUUCGAGGCGGUGAUCUGCCAGCGUGCCGUGACCGUGCAGAUCAAGGACAAAGCCAAGAUUGACGAUGCGUAUUUCGACAGCGUCAGCCUCCCCAAUGGAAGAGCUCAAGACGGGGGUGGAAGGAUUGCGAUGGACGAGGACUUGGAGAGGAUUGCUUUUGUGGCCAACCUGGGCACGAUUCCUCCCCUGGAAAGCGUCUCCAUCUUCAUCAGCACCUCCUCUGAGCUUCAGACGCUGCCCAGCGGGGCCGUGCGGGUCCUCCUGCCGGCUGUGUGCGUCCCCAGGGUCCCCCAGCCCAGCCUGCAGAGCGCCAGCAGCCUUUCCAGCCACCUGCAGCGAACGGACAAGCAGUGCUGCGCAUCGGGGAGCCCAGAGCUUGGGAGCAGGUUGUGUCUGGCCCAGCUGCUGCAGAGCGAGGCCACCAACCCCUCUGAGUACGAGUUCAGCUUCCACCUGGAGAUCCGGGGGCCGUGCUUGCUGGCAGGCGUUGAGAGCCCCACGCACGAGAUCCGAGCAGAUGCCGACCCCUCCGCUCGCUCUGCCAAGAGCAUCGUCAUCACGUUGGCCAACAGGCACACGUUUGACAGACCCGUGGAGAUCCUGAUCCACCCGAGCGAGCCCCACAUGCCUCACAUCUUAAUGGAAGAAGGUGAUAUGACGCCUGCAGAGUACGAACAGCACUUGAAGGGGAAGAACGAUUUCAUUAAAGGCACAAAGAAGGACCCCAGCGCUGAGAAAAAGACGGAAAUCAUCCGGAAGCGCCUGCACAAGGACAUCCCCCACCACCCCGUCGUCAUGCUGAACUUCUGCCCCGAGCUCGGCUCGGCCCCGGUAGAUCUGCAGAAAGCUCCCAGAGAGUUCAUCUUCCUGGUGGACUGCAGCGGGAGCAGCUCGAGCAUCACCCGUGCCAAGGACGCUCUGUUGGUGGCCCUCAAGAGCCUGAUGCCGGCGUGCCUCUUCAACAUCAUCGCCUUCAGCUCCACCUUCAAGAUCCUGUUCCCAGCCAGCAGGACGUACUGCGAGGAGAGCCUGGCCGUGGCCUGCGAGAACAUCAGGAGGAUGCGUGCCGACGCGGGGAGCCCCAACAUCUUGUCGCCUCUCAAGUGGAUCGUCCGGCAGCCCAUCCGCAGGGGCCACCCCCGCCUGCUCUUCCUGCUGACACACGGGGCCGUCGACAACGCGGGGAUGGUGCUGGAGCUGCUGAGGAACCACGCCUGCUCCACCAGGUGCUACAGCUUCGGCGUCGGGCCCCACGCCUGCAGGAGGCUGGUGCAGGGGGUGGCUGCCGUGUCCAGGGGCAUCGCUGAGUUCCUGGUGGAGGGCGAGCGGCUGCAGCCCAAGGUGAUCAGGUCACUGAAGAAAGCGAUGGCCCCGGUUCUGAGCGACGUGUCGGUGGAGUGGGUCUUCCCCGAAAGCACCGAGGUGCUGGUUUCCCCAAUCAGCUCCAGCUGCCUCUUCCCCGGGGACCGCCUGGUGGGCUACGGCAUCAUCUGCGACACCUCGCUGUACAUCUCCAAGCCCAGAGCUGACAAGAGGCGACGGUACAGCACCAUGCGCUCCCAGGAGUCGGGCAGCUCCGUAUUCUUUCAUUCCCAAGAAGAGGGAACCGGUGCCGAGAGCUGGAGCUACCCAGAGGGAUGCAGCACCCCGGAUCAGCUGGCGGUGGGCAGGGACCCCAGCGGAGAAUCAGACACGGACGCCGAUGCAAAGGCCUCCUGCAGGAGACGUGCGUUCAGUGCCAACCAAAUCUCCGACCGCCAGCCCCUCCGCAAGGAGCCCACGGCCAGCGACCCGGGCAGCGCGCCACUGAGGAACCCCCUCCGCAAAACCCAGCUGCAGGACCUGCAGCAACUCAGCCCCGAGCUGCAGCCCGUGCAUUUCCAGCCUUUUGCUGCCUCCCCACGCAUCUCCACCACCCGGAUCUGCGGUGCGGGCGCCCGCCGGCCAUCCCUGCUGCAGCGGAGCAACGCGUCCUCCUGCCACCGCCCUGCGUCCCCACCAGUGCCCGACGCAGCUGUGGGAUGGGGUUCGGGGCUGCUCGACGCCAACCUGCAGUCCUCAUCUGACAGCCGGAGCCCUGGGGAGCCGGAGGCUGCCCAGCAUCCGUCCUUCACGUUUGAAACGGAGACCUCUUCCGACUGGGAGCCCCAGGACUGGGAUUCCGGUGCCACCCGGGGGUCCCCGCGCUCCCCCCGCUCCUCCUGCAAGGCGGUGGUGAAGGGGCUGCGGGGCGGCGAGCCCGUGCAGUGGGAGAUCGCCUUCGACCUCCCCGCGCUCCUCCGAGAGCGGGACAGGCAGGAGGAGGGCGAGGAGGAGGACGUGUGGAGCGAGACCUUCCACCAGCUGGCAGCCAGGGCUGUCAUCAGGGACCUGGAGCUGCUCGCCGAGAGGGAGCGCGACAUCGAGCACGGGUCGGGGAGGCGAUACCAGCUCAAUGCCGUCCAUACCAGCAAGGCCUGCAACGUCAUCAGCAAGUACACGGCCUUCGUGCCGGUGGAGCUGAGCAGCGGCACCUACCUGCCCCCCGUCAUUGAGUACAGCCACACAGGGGCAUCAUCCAAGCAAGGCGGCCAUAGGAGCCUGAGCUCGGGGCGCAGGAGGUGUCGUGGCCUUUCCUCUGCGGGUCCCCUCUCGCCAUGCGGCCAGAAUGGAGACGAUGGAUUUCAUGGCAUGGAUACGGAUGAGCCCAAGCUGUCACCCUGCAGCACCCCGCUGUCCUCCAGCUGGAAGCGCUGCCGCAUCCCCGAAGCGCCAUUCCAGAGCCUGUCUGCUUCUUCCGCACGUUCCCCAAAAUCCAUCGAGGGCAUCUUUGCUGCAAGGCUGACCCUCCAGAAGACCAGGCUGCUGACUCGUGCUGCCAAAGGUUUCAUGAGCAAAUCUCCGGGCAGAACGAGCGAAGCCAGCUCUGAGAGUGACAGCGAAAGCGCCGAUUACCUUCCGCUGGUGUCCCUGCAGCUGGCCUGCGGUGCCUUCCUCAUGAACAGCGCCUUCUGCGAGGCAGUCAGCAUCCCCAUGGAGAAGCUCCGCUGGACUUCACCCUUCUCCUGCCACCGCUUGGCGCUCAGCCCCUCCGGCUCCUCCAGCACCAAGAAGCCAGAGCAGCAUGGAAGCCCUGUGCACGGCCAGCAGCUCCUGGUCCCCAAUGGCAGCUCUGCGUGGGACACUGGUGGUGCCACGGAGAGCAUUUCCGAAGCUCUGAAAGCCGAGAGCGAGCUCUCCCCUCCUGCCAUCGCCAUCCGCCGCUCCUCCUCCCCGCAGAGCGCGCCAGCCCCGCAGUGGGAUGCCAACAUCUCCGAGGCAGACGGCGCUGAUAUCCAAACGCUGCUGCUGGAUAUCGAGCUGCAGAAGCAGACAGAGCCCGAGGGGAUGCUGUGGGCCACGGCUGUAGCGCUGGCCUGGCUGGAGCACAGCUCAGCCUCCCACUUCACCGAGUGGGAGCUGGUGGCCGCCAAGGCCAGCCUGUGGCUGGGAGAGCAGGACUUCCCCCAGGGCUGCAGCCUGGCUGCCGUGAAAUCUGCGGCCCAGCAGCUCUUUGUCUUGCUCAGGCACUGGGAUGAAAACCUGGAGUUCAACCUGCUGUGCUACAACCCCGGCAGUGUGUGAGAUGGGGCGGCAGGACGGGGACCCGUCCCCGAGGACACGCUGCGGGGAAUGUGUGGGUUGAGCAGCGUGCCUCCAGCUGGUGGGCAAGCAGAAGCAGCCCGGGCAAAAUGCUGUGCUCAGGGCUUGGCGCUUUGCCCCAGGACGGUCCCUGCUGUAGGAUGCUAUUUGUUUUUUAAGUGGAGCAGCACCUCCAGCUGUGUGCUUCUGGUUCCCAGCCAGCUCUUGCCCCUUCAUUGCUGCAGGACUCUGUGUCCCCCCUCCAGCAAUCCCCGUGUCCCCGCAUCCUCAGCUUCUCCCAUCUCAGCUGUCUCGUAGCAGAAGUGGGCAUCCCUCAGCAUUUCACAAGGGAAACCUGCUGUGAUGGACCAAGGAGCUGGGAGGAUGCCACUUUGCCUUGAACCCCAUGAGCUGGGCCAGCUGCAGUCUGGGACCAUAAAUCUGGACAGUGCUGAGUUCCAUAGCCCCGGGCUGCUUUUCCAGGAGUCCAUGCAGAGCCCCUGCAGCUGGCAGCGUGCCUUAGAGGCUCCGUGGGACAGCAGCCCCCCGGGCACCAAAUAGAGACACCCUGUGCCAAAAAAGCUGGGGAGUUGCACUCCCUGCUGAAAUGCUGCAUCCCUUCUGUGCAUCGCUCUGAUGUUGUGCUGUCCACCAAUGUAUUGUCCACGUCGCCCCUUGUAGAGCUAUGGGGAGCAGAGGGCAGGCUGCAAGGGGACGUUUCCCAGCCCAAAGCAUCCUGCUUCUCCCCAAAGAUCCCACCUGGAAUGCUCCACGGUCCCCCAGGGCUGUGGGCAUGUCACAUCGCCUUCUCCCCCCGCAGUGUGCUUCAGGUUUCUGUGCUCUGUGUGUGUGUAUGGUCAGGGGUCCACGAGCAUCAGUGUGACCCUGCGGGGUCUCUGUGCUGGGCUCCUUGGCACUGCCACGUUGUCCUGGUAAAUCAGAGCCUGCCUUGUUUCGGGGUCGCCCCAACCGUCUGCAGCGUGGUGUGGGUCGUGCAAAAUGGAAAAAAAAAAAAAAAGGAAAACAAACAACAACAAAAAAACACCUUUUCAUUUCCUCGUUUUGUGUCGGAGGGGAAGGAGAUGCACCUAGAGCUUUCACCAUGCGUGGGGAACUGAUGGCCUUCCCCGCUCCCCUGCCUGCCCCACGGCUGCUCCCUUUGGCAAAGCCACACGGAUGGCAAAAGCUCAUUUAUUCCCGUCCUCUCACCUCGCCACGUGCCAGCCAAGUGCCGGGCCGUGCCUGCCCGCUGUUCUCUGGGCUCAUUAGCCACCUCCAGCUGCUUAAUUGGGCUGCUGAUGAGGGCUGUGGGGUCUGCCUGGCGUGGGGACAGGUCCCCGUGGCUCUCGCUGGGUUCGGCUGGGGGCUGGAUGGAGCUGGGAUGCUGUUGCCGGAGUGACUGCGAGUGCCUCAUUAGGAGAAAUGAGUUUGAAUACAGUCAUCAGCUGGAGCUUAAUAAAUGAGGCCCUCCGUGCCGUGCAAAAUAAAUAUUUGCAUAGGGAGAGAGUGGUUGCCCCCCUUCCAAGGGGCAGGUGGGAUGGAUGUUAGGACUUUGGGGUGAGAACCAACCCAAGUGGGGCAACCCUGGUGCCAAACCGCA